AAUUUCCAUUGAGACGUAAGACCCAGUCAUAGGCUAUUUACCACCCACCACUUUACUAGAAGUAGCUAUAGUAGUGUCACUCACUCCUCACGACACCACUCUCUCUGAAGCGAGAGUAUGGAUUAUCUCAGAGCGUUCAUCUUCCUAGUCCUUAUUCUCUCGGCCAUUUCACUCUCAGAGGCUGGUUCCAUCGGCGUCAACUAUGGCCGAAUCUCUGACGAACUCCCAUCAGCAUUCAAAGUAGUACAGCUGCUUAAAUCCCAAGGAAUAGACCGGGUCAAAAUCUUUGACGCCGACCCGGCUGUUCUCAAAGCCUUAUCCGGAUCUGGAAUCCGGGUCACAGUAGAUCUGCCAAACGAAAUGCUUUUCUCAGCCGCCAAACGCCCUUCCUUCGCCGCUACAUGGGUUAAACGCAAUGUAGCAGCUUACCAUCCUUCGACGCAGAUCGAAUCAGUCGCGGUAGGAAACGAAGUAUUCGUAGAUCCACACAACACAACCAAGUACUUAAUCCCAGCAAUGAGAAACAUUCACAAAGCUCUCGUCAGUUACAACCUCCACUCCUCCAUUAAAAUCUCUUCGCCUUUAGCCUUAAGCGCGCUUCAAAACUCUUACCCUUCUUCCUCCGGAUCUUUCCGACCAGAACUCGUCGAUCUUGUCAUUAAACCGAUGUUGGAUUUCUUACGCGAAACCGGUUCGAGGCUCAUGAUAAAUGUUUAUCCUUUCUUCGCUUACGAAGGAAACUCAGAUGUGAUUCCUCUAGACUACGCUUUGCUUAAAGAGAAUCCAGGAAUGGUUGAUUCGGGUAACGGAUUGAGAUACUUCAACCUCUUCGACGCACAGAUCGACGCCGUCUUCGCAGCUAUGUCGGCGUUGAAGUACGACGAUAUUGAGAUUAUCGUGACGGAGACUGGAUGGCCGUCCAAAGGAGACGAAAACGAAAUCGGCGCCAGCGUGGCAAACGCAGCGUCGUACAACGGAAACUUAAUCCGUCGGAUUUUAACCGGAGGUGGAACUCCGUUACGUCCCAAAGCAGAUCUCACUAUCUAUCUCUUCGCUCUCUUCAACGAGAACAAGAAGUUCGGACCUACAUCGGAGAGAAACUACGGUCUCUUCUUCCCCGACGAGAAAAAAGUCUACGACAUUCCUUUCACGCAGGAAGGGUUGAAGCAUUACCGCGACGGUGGUCAUAAUACUCCGGCCACCGGAAAUCAGCAAGUUACGCCUCCGAACAACGGUGGUGGUGUGUCGAAGAGCUUGACGGGGAGCACGUGGUGUGUGGCUAAUGGUGAUGCGGGGAAGGAUCGGCUACAGGGUGGUUUAGAUUACGCUUGUGGUGACGGAGGUGCUGAUUGCCGUCCGAUCCAGCGUGGUGCCCCGUGUUACAGUCCAGAUACACUUGAGGCGCACGCUUCUUUUGCUUUCAAUAGUUAUUACCAGAAGAAAGGUCGUGCCGGAGGUAGCUGUUACUUCGGCGGCGCUGCUUACGUCGUUACCCAACCACCAAAGUACGGAAGAUGCGAGUUCCCGACAGGAUACUAAAGGAAGAAGAUAAUCCAAGGGAGAAGAUUUAUUCUGCUAUAUAUAUAUUCGUAUCUUGGUUGUGUUUUGUUUAGGCUGAAGUUCUUAGUUAAUUUUUGGAACUUUUUAAUAUUAUGUUGUUAAUAUCGAUUGAAACGAUGUUCUUGAUAUUAGUAAUAUUUAGCUAACGCAAUUA